UGUUAAUGCGGUGGUUUAAAUCCACAAUAAACGAAAGUGUGUUAGAUUAAGAAUAUUCUGUUGUUUCUUUAGCAUUACUUUAAUGGAUCUUCCAUUCCAACGUUGUAAAUGGUAUUAAGAGGUGCGAGCAUCAAAUGUUCAUUCAACACCGAAGGACGCGCUUUCAAGUUGUUUACCGCGAUUAAACGAGUGACAUAGUUGCAGCGACCGCACCUUAGAUAAGCUCUACCGUGCCUGUGAAGUGUGGAAAUGUUUAUGGAUAUGUAACGGUUUGCCUUCUUAUUUUAUCAGGUAGUUUGUAACAGUUUUCCACCAUGUUGAUUCAAGUUAUCACAUUUUUGUUGGCAAUUCUACCCAUAUUUUAUGCAAGAGAAAUUCCCUCGCCUCCUAGAAUCGUAAAGCAACCACCGACCGACGAAGUACUUUUCCAAGUAGGCUCCGGCGAUGACGAAAAUGACAAACCCUUUUAUAUCGAAUGCGAAGCGAUAGGUGAACCUGCGCCAAAGUAUAGGUGGAUCAAGAACGGAAAGAAUUUUGACUGGCAAACGUACGACGAUCGCAUAUCACAGCAAUCGGGUCGAGGCACCUUGUCAAUAACAAAACCGGCAAACGAUGAUAUCGGUCAAUAUCAGUGUUUCGCUGAGAACGAAUGGGGUGUUGCAACUUCGAACUCUGUAUUCAUGCGGCGAGCAGAAUUAAAUUCCUUUAAAAAUACGCCGCCCCUACCUGUAACGGGCAACGAAGGGGAACCAUUCAAAUUAACCUGCCAACCACCCGACGGAUGGCCUAAACCGAAAGUUUAUUGGAUGAUCCAAUAUACGGCCGACGGUUUUAAGUCCAUAAACAACUCUCGAAUGACUCUAGAUCCGGAAGGAAAUCUGUGGUUUUCCAAUCUCACCAGAGAAGAUGCGAGUGACAACUUUAUGUACGCCUGUGCAGCUUCUUCGGCAACUAAAUUAGUGUACAAAUUAGGUAAUAGGGUACUUUUAAACGUACUUGCGUCGGGCAUCUCGCCCUCAUCUAACAAACACACGCCCGUUCUUCAAUAUGUCACCAGAAAAAAUGAAGUAGCGUUAAGAGGGAAGAGCGUCGAAUUAUUCUGCAUAUUUGGCGGAACGCCGCUCCCUCAAACGGUAUGGUCGAAAAAUGGGAAGCACAUUCAAUCCUCAGACCGUAUCACUCAGGGAAAUUACGGAAAGUCCUUGGUGAUUAAGUUAGUCGACUUUGACGAUGAGGGUGCCUACACGUGUGAAGUAAGUAAUGGAGUAGGCGAAGCGAAAUCGUACUCCAUCAAUUUGGAGGUGUUAGCGGUUCCAUACUUCACCGAGGAGCCGGAAUUUAUUACUGCGGCGGAUGAUGAAACGGUCGAGUUUCGUUGUGCCGCGUCCGGAGUUCCCGAGCCUCAAAUUAAGUGGAUUCAUAAUGGUAAACCGAUCGCGGAGGCUCCUCCUAAUCCAAGACGACGAGUUGGACCGAACAGUAUUAUCAUCGAACGAGUCAGUAAGAAGGACACCGGCAAUUAUGGUUGCAACGCGACUAACUCUUUAGGUUAUAUUUAUAAGGACGUAUAUAUCAACGUGUUGGCAUUGGCACCUGAGAUUUCCGAAGCGACCAAGGAGUUGGAGGCAGUAGAUGGGAAAGAUGUAAAUAUGACUUGCAAGGUGUAUGGUGCACCAAAACCAGAAGUUAAAUGGAUUCAUAAUGGUAAAGCUCUUACGGGUGGUCGUUACAAAGUAUUGGACAGCGGAGACUUGCAUAUAUCUAACGUUCAGUUUGAGGAUAGUGGAGACUAUCUGUGUUAUGCUGAGAAUAAGUUUGGUAAAGCGAAUGCAACGUGCAAGUUUAUUGUUAGAGGUCAUACGGAAAUUCGCGACGGUCCAGAGGACUACGAAGUGAAAUCCAAAUUACCUGCAACAUUCCGUUGUAACCCGAAGCACGAUAAUAAUCUUAAGUUAGAAAUUAUAUGGUUAAGAAACGGACAGCAGAUCGAUUCCGAUGCACAACCUCGUUUUGUUAAAUCCUCUGAUUUCUCUCUCACUAUAACCCAAACACGUGAAUUGGACUCCGGCAACUACACGUGCGUUGCAAGAACACGUUUGGAUCAAGCUGAAGCCUCUGCUAUUCUUAUAGUUCAAGAAGUACCGAAUCAACCCCAAAUGAAAGGAAUUAUAUGCAACGCAAAGGAUGCGACAAUUAAUUGGAUGCCCAUGGGUGACAAUCGAGCCCCAAUUUUGCGAUACAUAAUAAAGUACAACACAAGUUUUACGCCUAACAAAUGGGACGAGAUGAAUAGUAAAAUCCCACCGGGCGACAUGAGUUACAAUGUUCCCAUGAGUCCCUGGGCUAAUUACACUUUCCAAGUUAUUGCGGUCAACAAAAUUGGACAAUCGAAACCAUCGGACCACUCGGGCGUAUGUACGACUUCCGCCGAACUUCCUCAUAGGAAUCCCGAUAAUGUGGAGGGAAAAGGAGAUCGGCCCGAUAAUUUGAUUAUUUCGUGGACUCCGAUGCCUCAAAUUGAACACAACGCGCCGCGAUUCCACUACAAAGUGUAUUGGAAGGAAGACAUUCGGGAGAAAGAAUUCCAAACCAGAGAUAUAAUGGAUUGGCAACAAGAUCAUACGGUCAUUGAAAACACCCCUCCAUUUACACAGUACAGAGUCAAAGUACUUGCGAUGAACGAAAUGGGUGCAUCUAAUGUAGCUGCAAAGGAAGUAAUCGGAUAUUCCGGCGAAGACCAACCGACAAUGGCACCGGACAAGUUUAGCUUAAUUAAAGUUCAAUCACCGACUGCCGCUUUACUCAGCUGGAAUCCGGUACCGCUCAGUUCCGUUAGAGGUCAUUUCAGAGGAUACAAAAUUAAAACCUGGACAGAAAACAGAUUUGGUCAUCGUGAAAUUCAAGUGCAAGGAGACGCAACAAAAGCGCUAGUGAACAAUUUUGUACCCUUCAGUAAAAAUUACGCACAAGUCUAUGUUUACAACGAUAAGUACAAUGGCCCACCGAGUGAGACGUUAAGUUUCGACAUGCCAGAAGGAGUACCUGGACCCAUAUCGUCAUUACAAGCCUACCAGUUAGGUUCUUCAGCGUUUUAUUUGGAAUGGAAAAAACCAGAACAGCCCAAUGGCAUUCUAAGAGGCUACAAUAUUUAUUACGAAACUGUCGAAGAAACAGCUGUAGGAAAAUUAACCCCUCGCCAUGAGCAAAUUACAGAUCCAGAUCAGCUUCGUGCAAAAUUAGGCGGCCUGCAUCCCAGUGUUAAAUAUCGCUUAUACGUUUCUGCUCUAACCAACGCAGGAGAAUCCUCAAAGUACUUCAUUGAACGUGAAACCAAACCGAUCGGUACAACUUGGCCGUCAGUGCCCGAUUUUACGUGUCAACGAAUUCCCACAAACGACAAUUCGGCAAGUAUCAAGGUGACAUGGUUGCCAAACUUCAAAGGAAAACCAGGCUCCUACUUCUUUGUCAAGUAUAAGAAGAAGGGAGAUUCUGAUUACAUCUCGACCAGUCCGGAAGAAAACAAUGACUACUUGAUGGUGCAGGGACUGCAACAAGAUCAGACGUACGAGUUCAUUCUCGUAGCCGCAGAUGGCACUAAUUACACACCGAGUCAACCUCAAGAGAUCGACACUUACGGUACCGGACCAAUUAUACAGCAUCACGAGAACGUCGCGACUGCCGGCUGGUUCAUUGGGAUGAUGCUCGCCAUCGCGUUCCUGCUUCUCGUUCUCAUACUGGUCUGCAUUGUUAAAAGAAAUCGUGGCGGUAAGUACGCUGUGCACGAACGUGAGCAGGCGAACGGCAGAAGAGAUUAUCCGGACGAAGGCGGUUUUCACGAGUAUUCCCAACCUUUGGAUAACAAAUCUCAUGGUAGGGCCUCGAUGAGUAGUGAGCCUAAAGUAGGUCCGGAAAGUGACACGGAUUCUAUGGCCGAAUAUGGAGAGGGAGAUACUGAGGGUAUGAAUGAAGACGGUUCAUUUAUUGGCCAAUAUGGCCGUAAAACGAAGCCCGGUGAGACUACAUCGCAGGGAUUUGCGACACUAGUUUAAUGUGUCGCUUUACUGAAGAUGGCUCAUUCAUCGGUCAAUAUGUACCUAGUAAUAUGAAACAAUUAAGCUCGACUCCUACUACCGGUGGCUCUCGAACUAAUGCAACGGCAACCUACGUCUAGCCUUAUUAACACCUCAUACGCAACCAAAUAUUUCAUCGUACUACUGUAAUUCUUCGGUAUUUAGCUUAAGCAUUCUCGUUUAGUGAAUAUCUUUAUGGUAAGAAAGCUUUAAGUGUGGUUUGUAUAAUUUACAGUUCCGCACCUCGAUUAGUUUACAGUUAUCACAAACAGAUUCUUACCAUAAGAUGAUGUUAUUAAGUUAACGGAUUUUUUUGGAUAUCGAUUCGUCCAUUUUAGGUUUAAAUUGUAGUUUUUAACACCUAAAAUCAAAAUAAAUUACGAUAAUAAUAUUAAAUGUGUAGUCUUGUUUGACUUUCGUGUUGUAAUUUAUAAGGUGCGAGUGUCACUUAUAAAUUGUAACGGUGAGGGUCAGAUUAGCAUAUAGUUUAUAUAUUUCGUUAAUAAGUUAGAGAAUUAGAUUUUAUUAUUUCACAUAAUGUAAGUUUUCGAUAAUUAGUUCACGUUUCCUUAAUUAGGUUUUAAAAUGGAAACUUCUGUUACACUGCCUGAUUAUACAGUUCAUGUGUAUGUAUACAAACUCAUUUUUGAAUUUUUUUUAUUUUUGGAUCUGACUAAAUGUUCAACUAUGGCUGUGUAUAUACUCAAGUGGUGUACCAAAAAGUACAUAUCAACAUCUAGUUAGACUGAAAAUGAAUUUAAAGGUUGACUUUUUCGUGAAAGAUAAGACUAAUUUUCUUUUGUAUCUAAGUUUUACGAACGAUAUUCACAACGUGCGAUAUUAGAUUAUGAGAUUUAAAUGGCAAGGGCAUCGUUUAUUCAGGUUAUGGUCACAAAUUAAGAAAAUCCAUUUGAUCACUUAUUUCUGUACUUUUACUAACUAUUGUGUAUGUAUACAUAUAUAUGUAAGUAUAGGAAUCGAGAUUGCUUUUGCACAACUUAUUUUUAUGUAUUAUAAUUUAAUCUUUAUGCUUAAUGAAGCUUGUUUGUUUGCCGGUUUGUAAAAAGCUCUCGUAAUCCGGCUCGGCAAACAAAGCUAGUUAUUUGGCAAAUUUGUGCAAAAACGACCUCCCACCUAAAUUUAAACUACCAAGUUAAUUUCAUAAGUAUAUUGUAUUUACUAUCUUUUUUUCUCCUACUUUAUGCACCUUGUGAAAUAAAUUAGUACUGUGAGUAAAUUUGCUUGAAUAGGCCGAAUGAUGUGUACCGAUCAUUGAAAAAAAAAUUGUUUCCACUCGCCACACUAUUUUAGGGCAAAUAAAAAAAAUUCGCUGUCGUAUAUAAAUAGUAACAGAUUAGAAGAUUAUAUUUUUUUAUCAUUUGGAAUGUGGUCAUUGUAUGAAAUGUGUCACUAAAUUGUGGUAUUUUUAAAAGGUUUGGGGUGGUGCUAGUAUAAUGAUUAUGCGUUUACAUACUUGUUGCUUGUUACAUUACUUAUGGUCGCUUUUUAAUGUCUGUCCUUUCAGUUGUGGCAUAUUAACUCUUCACAAUAUUAACAAAAAAUUAGUUACGGAUAAAAAUUAAUAUAUUUUAUAUCAGUGUAGUAUGUGCUUUUGUAUGUGUAAAAUAUAUGAAAGUUUGUCGCUCAGCAUGAAUUUUUUAAAGAUGUACUAUUAACAAAAUGAUGCACUGUUGGAUAUUACGUAAGGUAUUUGAUACUUGAAUAUAUUUAUUAUUAUAUAGCUGCUUUUAUUAGAAUAACAUUUUUGUUACAAAUAUAUAUUUUAUUUUUUAACUUAUUACACAUUCAAUCUAACAAUGAACAUAUUUUUUUAUAAUAUUGUCAUCAUUUGAGGCAGCUGUUAUUUUGUUGUUGUAUAGGGGACUGUGUGUAUGCUGAAAUCGUACUAGAAUUAAGUGGUCAAUUCCCAUGGAGCACCGACUAAAUAUUUUCAUUUAAUGGCUUUUACGGACAGUUUCCUUAUUUCUAUGCCUAUGUAGUUACAAAUACAUUUUGUUAUACAAAUUUUGAUUUAUUUUUUAUAAUUUACUUUAUUACAAUGUCAGUUUGCACUCAAUAAAAUUUAAAUAUUG